CGCCACACGAUCCUGCUCGAACCUUCCAGAAUGACCGUGUAAAAACCAUUGAUUGCGAUAUAUAAGCCUGGACACACGGUCGUCUGCAAUUGUUAACCCAUCACCUCUUACCACCAAUAUGACUAUUAGAAUCGGCGGUCUCUUUAAUCUUUCUGUUUCGGGGUCUGCUACCAGUGAGAGUUCAGAGAGUCCAGAGAGUCGCUCGUCUGGAACUUUAAGCCUUCUGAGCACCAGAUUCAACCUCGGCGAAAACGAAGGCAGGAGCAUGGUCACAACUAGCAUGGCGGUACCGGGCAUGACAGCUGAGGACGUUCAGGUCAACGUGCGAGACGGCCAGUUGACUGUCUCCAGCGAGCGUACCCAUUCGUUGGAGGAGCAGGGCGAGAAUUAUUCCAUUAGAAAAAGGUCGUAUAAGAAGUUCUCGCAGACGCUGAGUGUCCCUGAAGGCAUCAAGGAGGACGAAAUCAAGACUACCGUGGAGAAUGGUAUGUUGACGGUGACGUUCCCCAAGCCGCCGGCAGAUGGUCAGUCUGGUUCCAAGAGUAUCACGGCUUCUUGAGGAAAAAAUUGGGAUAUUAUCAGUAUCAACGCUGGCCGGUGUAUAAGAUUCGGGAGAAUUGUAUUCAUUGUAUUGUAAUAUAUGUCGGUUGUAGCAUGACA